GUAGCAGUGUUUGUCCAGAGUCCAGACUUCACCUGCGUGCUCUACUUACAGCAGUGUGUCCAAUCCUUUCAUCGUAUCCAAUCAGAUCUGUCUCAAUUCAACAACUCAAAUCGUCUACAGUUUUUGAGAUUCUCUUCGGACAUCAGAGGUGACUGUAUAAAGAAGAUUCCGCGUUUUCUUUAAGGAUGCAGCCGGUUUUCUACCUUUUCGGUGCCUUCAUGGGAGUCCUGGUGUUUUCUCCAGGGAGCUGCGUACCGACAGUCACAGGUCUGUACGGCGAGACCAUUGAAGUGCCAUGCAACAAUGGAAAUAACAAGCCCGAGGGCCUCAUUUUCACCAAAUGGAAAUACGUGAAGGACGACGGCUCUGCGGGCGAUCUGCUCGUGAAGCAGGCUCAGAAAGACGAAGCGACCGUGUCCGCCACAGAUGGCUACAAAAACAGAGUUAGCAUCGCUGCCAACUCGAGUCUGAUGAUCGCCCGGGGCUCGCUGACAGACCAGAGAGUUUUUACCUGCAUGGUGGUGUCUUUUACCAACCUGCAAGAAUACUCGGUGGAAGUGCGUGUUUACAAAAAACCAUCAGACCCCGUGAUCAGAAACAAAGCGAAGGAGCUUGAAAAUGGGAAGCUAACAAAGUUGGGAGAUUGCGUGGUGGAAAGCGGCAACCCGUCAGCAAAUCUCACCUGGAUGAAGAACAACCUGCCUUUAGUAGAUGAUGGCAAAACGAUUAUCAUCACACCUACUGUUACCAAGGACCCAGUCACAGGUUUGUCCAGCACAUCUUCCAGUCUGCAAUACACAGCCAAUAAAGACGACAUGGGGUCGCAGUUUACCUGCUCGUCGAAGCACGAGAUGGGCAACCAAGUUUCAUCUUCAGAGAUCUUCCCAAUUCACUACCCCACUGAGAAGGUGAGUCUACAGGUUGUCUCUCAGAGUCCCAUUAGGGAAGGUGAUAAUAUAACCCUGAAAUGCCAGGCGGAUGGAAAUCCUCCCCCUACCAGCUUCAACUUUAUCAUUAAGGGAAAGAAGGUUACGGUGACGGGCAAGGAUGUCUAUACUCUUACUGGGGUAACUCGAGACGACAGUGGCACAUACAAAUGCUCCCUGCCUGAAAAUGACGCGAUGGAGUCCACUCAGAUUGUCACCGUGAGCUUUCUGGAUGUAAGCCUCAGUCCAAAAGGAAAUGUGUCAAAGAAUGUAAAUGAAAGCUUGGUGGUGUCACUGGAUAAGAACUCCUCCACUGAAGCAAAGGUGAUAUGGAAGAAGGACAAGCGUAUAAUAGACAAACUGCCCAGCUUCUCCAAUUUGACUUAUAGCGAUGCCGGCCUCUACGAGUGUGACGUGUCCAUUGAAGGAAUCAGACGCAACUUUUCCUUUAGGCUUGCCGUAGAAGGUAAACCAAAAAUUACGAGUCUGACAAAGCAUCGCAGCUACGACGGCAAACACAAAGUCCUGACGUGUGAGGCAGAGGGUUCGCCCAAACCUGAAGUGCUGUGGAAUGUCAAUGGAACUAAUGAGGAAGUAACAUAUAACAAUGGGAAGGCCACAUACAAACUGACUGUAGUGCCCAGUAAGAACCUCACUGUUACCUGCCAGGUGACCAACAAACUAGGACAGGAAAUUCAAGAAAUCAGCGUAUUUUCACUAUUUGAGAAGCCGCCGCCUAAACCAGAUAUGGCUGGAUAUGGUGCAGGGCAGGCCAAGGUGAUCGUGGGUGUUGUGGUUGGGCUUGUACUUGCUGCAGCUCUGGUUGGACUGAUCUACUGGCUCUAUAUAAAGAGAUCAAGACAAGGCAGCUGGAAGACUGGAGAGAAAGAGGCGGGCACUUCAGAAGAGAGCAAGAAACUGGAGGAGAAUAACCAUAAAGUCUAAAGGAGAAGAGAGCCAUCACAGAUGAAGAAGGUAUUAUCCAAGAAAGAGGCCUUGUCACACUGAAUGUGCUGUACUACACACUUCAAUCAUCUAACUCCAGACAUCUGAUUGGACGCACAGGCUGCUCGUGUGCAUCAUGCAGAAUGUUUCCAGAAUAUUUCCUAAAAUCAAGAUGAACAGUUUGCUAAAAAAAAGAAAAGAAAAACAAUUUCCCACCACAAGCCAAGAAUAUAAAACCACCUGUGUUGUAACUUUAGUCUGCACUGAGGACUGCCUUUAGUUCGGUUUGGAUUUGACUUUUAUUUUUGUUUGAAUGUUCUUGUUUUAUGCGCAUUGCUGAUAUGGUGGGCACAGCUGUUACUUUUCCCCCCUCUAUAGUAAAAAUACUGUAAAUUCGCUGUACACUUUUUAGGCCUAUGUAAAUAAGGGAAAUACGUUCUCUCUGCGUAAAGUUGGGAUUGUAGAAAUAAGGAUGGGUUGGGACGCGGCAAUGAACAGGCCGGGUCCUAAGACGACACGAUGACUUCACUGCUGUUACAUUCUCUGAAUCAUUUUUGUGUAUGUCAUGUUUUAUUUAUUGGUACCGCUUUACAACGCUGCCCCUUGAAAUACACCGCUAAGUAGCGUAAAUGAGUUUAGGUUUCAAAGAAAUUUAGUAUAGCUAAUGAAAUGACCCCUUACACCCAGUGGCCUUUAGUUUGGAUUGCAUGAUGUCAUAGUUACGUAGGGCUCGGACCACCAAACGCUCCAUUAGUUUAAUGUAGUUCGAAAGACAAAGUGUGACUGCGGUCAAGUAGCCAUAUGAAGUGAUCCAUAUAGCAUAUUAGACAUGCAAAAGUCCCUUUUGAUAUCAGACUGGACUGUAGCAACCUUGCAUGAAGAAGAUUCUUUAUUUUUUGGGUUGGAAAUAUAAAUUUACUAGGCCAUGAGUUAUUUAAUUAAGCCUUAUUUGAAAGACAAGUCAGUAUUUGUACUGGAAGGCGAUGUUAACCUCAUACAACUUAAUAAGCUUUUCGUCAAAAGGUUUUGCACUUCCCUAAGACCACAAAAACUACAUUUAAUAGUAUUAAAGUCUUGUUUGUCAGGUAAUGUCCAACACUGUAGUCUUUAGGGUUUGUUGGAAACAUUUUUCCGUUCGUUGUGGUCUGAAGAAGCGUGCUGUAAAUAUGUCUGAAUGUCUAGCUUGUGUUUGGUUAUAUUUAUAUAUUAUAUAAUGUGUGAGAAACGCAAGGUUAGCUGUGCUUCUGCUUGGUCAGUGAAGAGUCCGAAGUCAUGUUUUUAUUUAAUUCCUUAAAAUGUACGAUCUCACUUUGUCGCAUGAUAUUUAAAGCGAUCCUGAUUUUGUUUUUUUGUCUUCAUAAAAUGUUGAUGAAUGCUGUAAAUGUCUCAUGCAUAUUUAAACCAUCAGGUCAGCAGUGAAACCAAAGAGGGCGAUUGAAAAGAAGGCCAUAAAGUAUUGUAAAUACUGACUUUUGUUUUUGUACUUUUGUUGACAAUAAAGUGUACAUUUUGAAAGAAAAAAAAA